ACUGUAUAUUAUUUUGUUUACGAAUUUAUUAGCUAUUCUUACUUAAUUUCCAGUAAAAAAUGCUUAGGACAAUUUUGCUAUUUGAUUACUAAUUGUAAACGACUCUACUGUAAAUGUUACCAAAGGAAUAAGUCAAUUUUGUGACGUGGAUCAACGUGGAUAUAUUAGAAAAACUUGUAACGUUGUUAACUAUAAUUAGUUGUAACUACUAUUUUUUUUGUAUUUAUAUAUAACAUAUUUCAAGGAAAUAAAAUUUGAACGAUGUAAACAAUGUCGUGUUUGAUUUUUUCAUGUAAACAUAACCUAGACUUAGUUUAUGCUAAUGGCAAAAAAUACAACAUAAAAAGUGUUGUAUAGAAAUUAAUAUAUAAUGUACAAAAAGAAGUGGCAGAAUUUGAGAAAAGUUGAUGACAUUUUUGAGCUCGAACCAGAAAUAAUUCAGAAAACACAAUGUUCUUCUCGAGUUAAUUUUACUCAUGUAGCAUUUGAUUGCUAUGAAGAACACCUCGUUGCAACUGAUUCAGCGGGAUAUUUGUAUUAUGUUGAUCUAUCAAAUAAUUCUGCCUGUUACCAAAAAUUAGGAAAUGUUGGACAACCAACAUUCAUAAUAUUUAAUCCUAUAAACAAAUUUGAAAUAUUAAUGGGUCUCACUACAGGUGAUAUUAAAAUUCUGAAGGUGGAUGUAAAUAUUACCCAAUUUUGCUUGUUGAUUGCUCAUAAAUUACCACCUGUACAUGUUUCCUUUUAUAAAAAGUAUUGUUUAACUAGUUCACAUAAAGAAGUUAUAAUAUGGUGUCUACGUUCUUGUAGUAAAGCUCAACAAUUAAGAGUUAACACAAAGAAUAUUGUGGUAAAAAAAGCAAGCUUUUCAAACUUAGGACAUAUUGUUGUAUUAUAUUACAAUGAUACUUUACAAGCAUGGAAAUUCGAUCGGUUGGAAGAUGAUGUUAAAAUUGAUACAAAAAGAUUUGAUAUACGAAAUACUAAAGACUUUGUUUUUACACAUAAUGGAAGAGCAAUGAUUUUGUCUAGUGCUCAGAACAAAAUUAUUAUUUUGAACACAUGUGACUGGAAUUUGCUGAAAAUUUUAAGUUUACCAGAUAACUUUAUUGGACUAAAGCAGUUAUUGCUUGUACCAUCACCCUUGGAUGGUGGAGCAAACAAUGUAUUAGCAUGCAUUUCAUCAAAUGGGACUCUUUACUUUUUUGAUCUGAAUCUGUCUUGUAUUAUUCACACUCUACAAGUCAUUAAGCCUCUAAGGAAAAUUUUAGUUUCUUCAACUGGCAGAUAUAUAGCAUACAUAGAACAAGAAGGACACUUAAAAUUAAUAAUUACCGAGAAACUAUUUUCACAGAAGUGUAAAUCCCUGCAAAAGUUGAAAGACCCUUGCAGGCCACAGGCACACAGAAAGUGUGAUCAUUUACAAUGUGUCAGACAACUCAUGGAACAAGAAUUACAUAUAGAAAGAUUAAUACCCAUUUUGAAAGAGUUUGGAGAAUAUCCUGAAGCAUAUCGCGUAUUAAUAUGGUCAACAAUCUUAAGAUUGCCUGGCAAUAGAAAUGCAUAUAGUGCUUUGGCUAACAAAGCAGCAAAUGCAAGUUUUACUUCAGAACUUCUAAAAGAUUAUCCAUUAGCAAACAGAAGUAAAAAGACAUUGUUGUCGACAAUAAUAAAUUGCUUAAUUCAGUGGUGUCCUUUAUUAACUCAAUGUUCAUUGUUACCAAAUUUAGUUUUUCCAUUCCUUAUGGUCUUUCAGAAGGAUCCCUUACUUGGCUUUGAACUCAUACUAAGCAUACUAUUAAAUUAUUGUCAAAAAUGGUUUGAAUACCAUCCUUUACCACCCUUAAAUGUGUUAGGUAUAAUAGAGAAUAUCCUUCUGCAUGCAGAUCCAUCUUUAUUAAAUAUUUUUUGUGAACGAGGAAUAACAUCCAGUGAAUAUGCAUGGCCACUUUUAAAGACUGCAAUGAGUGAAAUCUUAUCUGAUACUGAAUGGUUAAUUUUAUGGGACUAUUUAAUAUCUUUCCAAAGACCCUCACUUUUGUUAAUGAGUGUCAUUGCAUAUAGUAUUUGCUCUCGUAAGAUCAUAAUUUCUUCAUUACAUUCGCCAGAAAAUUUUAAACGAUAUUUUACUAGUCAAGGGAAUAUCACAGCAAAGGAAUUAUUUAAAGUUGCUCAACAACUUGAUGAUAAUAUACCAUUAAGAAUACAUCCUAGUCGCUAUCUAAGAAACGAAUUAAUUACAUUGCCCUCAAAAGGACCUUACCCACCAUUCAUGAUACACGAUUUUCCAAAAUUUUUAACAGAUGACAUUUCUCUUUUGGAAUUUGAGAAAUUGAAAGAAAAAGAACGAGUUACACGCGAACAGAAUCGUACAGCCAUUGAAACAGCUGAGACAAAGAGAUUGAAACAUGAAGCAAAAUCUUUUAUGAAUCAAAUCCAUGAAACAAGACUGAAUGAAGUACAAAAAUGUAUUAAACAACAAUUGUGUGAUAUGGAUUGGAGAUUCAUAACAACACCAAAUAAACCCAAAACACAAAAAACAUGUGAACAUAUUGAUGUUUCAAGCGAGGAAGAUAAUGUAGAUUAUAUAACUGUUAAAUCAAAAAACUAUGAACAAAUGCAACGUGAUGUAGAUAAAUUGGAAUAUGAAGUGCAAAGUCUCUUGAAUUCAUUAAGAUCUCAGAAAUCAAGAGCAGAAAAUACUUGAUAUAUGUUAAGAU